GGGCAGCGGCUGCUUUUACCCGGCUGCAAGCGGGGAUGAGAGCAUUAAAAGUAACCGAGAAAUCCAGCCGCCACACAAUGACGACAAUAACCGAGGAAGAAGGCAUUGCCCGUUUGCACUCGUUCACGGUGGAAUUCUGAGUAGGCGUGUCUUCAUGAGACCAUCAAAUGGCUCCGCCCAAUACCGACCCUUUUGUACACAGAGUAGGGCCUGUUUAGGAAUCUGCACACAUCCCCUUUUUUGGCCCCUCUCCGGCAAAACAUGGCGGCGGCUCUGGGAGUGAGGAGCGGGUCGUGGAUGAAAUUGUUUCCGCAGUUUUUUUCGGCCACUACCACACGGCUUUUGAGCCAUGGAACAAAAGUGAUGUAUCAAAGCGAUACUCCUCGGGCUGCCUUCUUUUCACCCCUUCAGAAAGUAAUGUUGCCACCAAAUGCUUUUGAAGGGAAAGUGGCCUUUAUCACAGGUGGAGGUACAGGCAUUGGCAAAGGAAUUACAACUGUUCUUUCUCAAUUGGGAGCAGAAUGUGUUAUAGCAAGCCGGAAACUUGAUGUAUUGAAACAAACUGCAGAAGAAAUUUCUUCUAAAACUGGAAAUAAGGUUCAUGCAGUUCAGUGUGAUGUGAGGGACCCAAAUUCUGUUAGCAAUGCAGUUUCACAGUUAAUUAAAGAGGCUGGACAUCCCAGUGUUAUUAUAAAUAACGCAGCUGGAAACUUUAUUUCUCCUUCUGAACGCCUUUCUGCAAAUGCAUGGAAGACAAUCACUGAUAUCGUCCUUAACGGGACAGCCUAUGUAACUCUGGAAAUAGGAAAAGAACUGAUUAAAGCACAAAAAGGGGCAGCAUUCCUAGCCAUUACAACUAUCUAUGCAGAAAGCGGGUCUGGAUUUGUAUCACCAAGCGCCUCUGCCAAAGCAGGCGUAGAAGCACUGUGCAAGUCUCUUGCAGCUGAAUGGGGUAGAUACGGCUUGAGAUUCAACAUAAUCCAACCAGGCCCAAUAAAGACAAAGGGAGCUUUCUCUCGUCUUGACCCAACUGGCUCAUUUGAGAAAGGGAUGAUUCAGAGGAUUCCUUGUGGCCGCCUGGGAACUGUAGAAGAAAUUGCCAAUCUCGCCACCUAUCUCUGCAGUGAUUAUGCGAGCUGGGUUAACGGAGCAGUCAUUAGAAUGGAUGGUGGCGAAUAUGUCUUCAUGGCUGGGGAGUUCAAUGACCUACACAAGGUUACCAAAGAGCAGUGGAAUGUGAUGGAAGAGAUGAUAAGGAAAACCAAAGGCUCAUAGUUUGGAGGGGAUGGGGUUACUACUUUUUGCCCAUUUUUUUUCAAAAGUACUGUAAUCAGUUAAUUCAAUACAGAAAUGAAACUAAACAUGGUCAAGACUUACGUGUGCGGGCCGGAGAGGGCUGGAGGAGGCUCCCCCCUGCUCUUUUUGCCUAAUGGACGGCAAAGGCGGGAGCCUUGGGCGACUACAUUGGCUGGCCCCGUGUCAUCUGGAAUCAGCCCAGUUGGCCAGUUUGAAUUUCAGCAGGCGCUGAAAAGCGGUGACGUAGAGCCUGCCUGGAGUGAUUUAAGCCAUGUUGCUGGUAGGGUCCGGCAGUGUGAUUCUUGUUGGAUCCCCACCCACCAUCUCCUUGUGAUACCAAUAAUAUUUGUCACCCCUGGGUUUUCCUCAGCAGGCGGGUUGCAGGACGUUGUGAUUGAGCGGCAGGCAGGUCGCUUGAUUCUCCAGGAUCCAGCCCCAUGCUUUGUCAGUGCUCCUUGGUCUAUAUUCAAUAAAAACA